UACCCUUAGCCGGAAUGAAUCAUAAUAUCAUAUAGACCAAGUUUGUCCCUUAAUUUGCAGGGCAUUACCUUUGUUUUAAAUUUGUGCUCAAACUCAACAGAAACAUAUUUCAUUUCAUCCUCACCUCAGUAUCAUAAAAUAUUAAGCUCUAAAACUUGUGUCACUGCUGCAAAAGGAACUGAUCAUCAAUAGCUACGUACCAGCCUCGAUCGCAUUAAUUCAAGUUUCAAAUUCCAGAAGGAAAAAGAUCAUGGUGAUUGAAGAGGGUGAGAUGAAUUCGCAAUUAGGUGAGGUGGAGUCACGACUCCUGCAAGAAGCGAACAAUCCAUCAUCAUCGCUGGGAAGACAAUCGUCCAUAUAUUCGCUGACACUGGACGAGUUCCAGCACAGCCUAUGCGAGAACGGGAAGAACUUCGGCUCCAUGAACAUGGACGAGUUCCUGAGCAGCAUAUGGAGUGCCGAAGAGAACAUCUCCAACGUCCCUCCAACAACCCUAAGGGAGCAGCCAACUCUCCCUCGCCAACCUUCCCUCUCUCUGCCUCCACCUCUAUGCAGAAAAACCGUCGACGAAGUCUGGUCCCACAUUCAGAAGCAACAACACAACAUUCAGAAUACCGAGUCUGCCCCUCGCCAACCCACUUUUGGAGAGAUGACUCUGGAGGAUUUUUUGGUUAAGGCAGGGGUAGUUCGGGAACCAUGUGUUGUACCACCAGUGACUCACUCUCACCAGCAGCAGCAUUAUGUAAACAAUGCUGCAAUGGGUCCUUCUUUUGUGAGUAACGUGGGUUAUCAAGUUGGAAAUGGGAAGAGAGAUGGUGGUGGCGGUGGCGGGUAUUGUUUUGGAGGAGGGGGGUAUGGGCCUGGGCCUGGGCCUGUCAGUCCGGCUAAUUCCUCAGAUGGGAUGGGGAAUGAGAACUGUGGUGCUCAGUUUGGGCUUGACAUGGGUAAUUUGAGAGGGAGGAAGAGGGUGGUGGAUGGUCCUGUGGAGAAGGUGGUGGAGAGAAGACAAAGGAGGAUGAUCAAGAAUAGAGAAUCUGCUGCCAGAUCUAGAGCCAGAAAACAGGCAUACACAGUAGAAUUAGAAGCAGAACUGAACCAAUUAAAAGAAGAGAACGCCCAACUAAAACAGGCGCUGGCCGAACUCGAGAGGAGAAGAAAGCAACAGUGUUUUGAGGAAGUGAACGUUAGAGUUCAAACCAAAGCUCAGAAAGCAGAAAAGAAACUAAGAGCUUUGAGAAGGAACAUGAGUUCUCCUUUGUGAAGAAACUGCAUGGUAACCAGGGAAAUCUUGUUGUGCAUGCUGCAUCUACUUGUGUUGCUAAACCAAGAAAGGUCAAUGAUAUAAAUCAAGAGGGAAGAAGAAAAGUACAAGACUACUAAAGUCAAAGCCGAUUGAAGAAACAGAGAAACAAAAGGACGGAGUUAUGAAUUUAAUUAUAAAGCCAAGCUGCAAAAGUCCUCAAGUUCAAGAUCAACCAAGGAUUGGAUCAUCCAAUAUCAAAUUAUGACGAGUUACUCAAAUGAACAAUAUUGCUGUUGUAUAUUAUUGAUGGCAUUUUCAUCGUUUGUGAAAUAACUGAUGUGUGUACCAUCUUGUUUACGCGUACCACACUCUAGUUUAGUUAAUGAUUUGAUCGUGGUAGGUACUAUUGGCUAUUGCCAGCUAUACAUAUGGAAGCUGAAUUAGAUAUAUUUUUUUUUAUUACCAAUUAUUUUUCAUGAACAAUCUUUA